UAUCAUAAAUGGCUUCGCCUUGCCUUUAAAGGAAGAACACAAAACCUUCUUGAUGAAAAUAUUAUUGCCGCUACAUAAAGUCAAAUCUCUCAGUGUUUACCAUGCUCAGCUAGCCUACUGCGUCGUUCAAUUCCUUGAAAAAGAUCCCACACUCACGCAACAGGUCGUCUUGGGUCUUCUUAAAUUUUGGCCAAAGAUGCACAGUCCAAAGGAAGUGAUGUUUCUAAAUGAGUUAGAAGAAAUCUUGGAUGUCACAGAUCCUGCUGAGUUUAGGAAGAUAAUUCGACCUCUCUUCCGCCAGCUGGCUAAAUGCGUCUCUUCGCCUCAUUUCCAGGUUAGUCUCAUUAAGUAA